AUGCGAGAUGCCCCUACGGUCUUUGUGUUGGUUCGCGGUUCUGAUGUUGGCCUGCGCACGGAAUCUGCGAUGAAUCAUUUUGUCGAACUCAGCUGUUACAACCCACACUCCGCCUUCUAUGUCGACAAGAUGAAUCCGUACAUCAACAACAAGGGCAUCAAGCCAACCAAUAGACUAGACAAGUUUAAUGUCUUACCCGAGAACAGCUUCAAGAACUGGGAAGAGCUCGCUGUUCACGCCGGUGUCGGUACGAAUAUCGAACAACCCUUCGGCAUGCGCAAACAGACCCACUGUGGCAGGGCAUCAGCGCAGCCUAUCCCACACUCGAAACUAGACAACGGCAUCCUUCUCGCUCUCUGCUUACAGUUUCAUGGGGAGGAUCCUCAACCCGAAGUGCCGCGCCUUACUGUCGGCGACCCGGUCACUGUCGACUUCUACCACUACAAGGAUUCAGUAGCAUCCCCACAUUUGUGGAGGGGCAAAGUUGUCGCGCCUGGCAUUGCUACCGCUAUCGGACAAUGCAAGCUGGACAAAUGCCCUUACAAGAUGACGGUUCGACACAACGAGGUGGCAAAGUACGCUGGCAAAGAGGAGCUACUCAAGGAACUUCGCGACCUCUUCCUGUGCAAGAACCAUGAGGGAAACUCCAACAAGUCACUCUACUACGACGUACUUGAGGAGGACAGCGACAAGUAUGCUUCAAUUCUUCCCGAACUACUCAAUUCGUCGAACCCGCUAUCCGUGACAUGCUCCAGCACGAGAUGGCUGACGUGUUCCAAGAUCUUUCUCUCGUACCCAACGCUCCCAGAGCAUCUCCCUCCGCGUCUCGACAAAGGCAAGGGUAGAGCUGUUGAGCCUAUUGCUGCUGAGCCUGUUGCGGCUGAUACUCCUCCCAUGGAUUCCGACGAUGAAGAGCCAGACGAGUACAAGGAAGGCCGCAUCACGCAUGCAUGCUUCCAGAACGAGACCGUGGACUACAGUUAUCACCAAUUCGUCAAGAUCCUGACCAAGGUCUGCGAACUGAUGGGAGUUCCCAUGAAGCUGUUCGUUCGCUGCCACUCAAUCCAAACCGAGCAAAAGGCUCUUCUUGCCAUGUUGGAUCCGGAAUUCGACCUCACCUUUAACGUCGAUGCACCGAAGAAGGACCCGAAAUUCAUCAAGCGGAAUGACCUCUUCAAGGGUGCCACAGUAGAACAUCUCCUCAACCACUAUCUCCGUCAUUACCAGACGACCUCCGACGGCAUCACGGAUCGGCGCUUCCAGAAAGCUCAGGGUUCCGCCGCUUGGGCCAUACUUCAGCCGGCACGCUUUCCUUCCACAAACAUUUUAGAGUCAUCAAGACUUGGACAACUCCUCCCUGUCGUGCACGCCGCUCGAGACCUUCGUACAGAGGGCAAGAUGUCCGCCGAAGCCAAGAAAGAGGUUUCACAAGCUUUCAAUGUCGCCUUCCGCUCAGUCAUGGAACGCGCUCCCGUAGUGUGCUGCACUGCUUCUAUUGCCGCCUCAAGUCGAUUUCAGUUGAUUCGACAAGCAAACGCUGUCUGCAUCGAGGAGGCUGGUCGCGGUACUGACCUAGACCUAAUGGGAUUCUUCUCUCACUAUUGGGACGCACGACGCUUCGUGGUGGGGUGUUGGAACCAGCUGGGACCCAACCCUUUCGGACCACAGCUCGAGAACCCGUUCCAGGCCCAGCUAUCCACUUCUCCUCUGGCACGAUUCCACAUCUCUGGCUUCCCGAUCAAAGAGCUAUCCCAGACCGCUCGUUUCACAAACAAGGAGAUGCUCGAACUGUGUCAGACUCUCAACAACGCUCCGAAUGUCACCGAAGUCCCAGGGUCUUUCGACAAUGCCAUUGCCGCCUCCAAAGAGACCGCCAAGGACUUGGUUUGGACGCCUUCAUCGCCCUCUCUCUCCGACACCGUCGAUUCAGACGACGCGGCAGCGCCGCCUGUCACUACCAGAUCGAAGCGUGCGCGGAAAAAGCAAGACAUCAGCCGCGCCAGCGAAGGGUUUUCGAUGUCCGGCCUGGAUAGGGACAUAUGCGGCGGUGACGGAUAAUCUGCGGCUGAGUAUCUGGUGGGCAGGCAUCGCUCGCUUCGUCAUGGGAAUAAGUGGCUAUAGAAUGCGGGUUGUGGUGU